UACUCUUCUUCGAUUCUCAAAUUCCAGUUUCCCACUCAAUUCCGUAAUAAAAUACUUCAUUUUCCCUCUUUUAUCUUCCUUCCUGUGGAAGCUUUGAGGGAAGAAAAUCCAAAUAUAAAGAGCCCCAAAUUCACAUGAAUUUUCCCAGCCAUAAUCAAAUAAUCAUCAAGCAGAGAUGCCAAUCGAAAUGCCCAAAGGGCUGCCUUUCUCAGUGGACACGUUCAGUCCAUCUUCGAAGAGAAAAAGGCACCAUUUCUUGACCCAUGCUCAUAAAGAUCAUACUUCUGGCAUUUCCUCUCACUUUUCCUAUCCAAUUUAUUCAACUCAUCUCACCAAAUCCCUUGUUCUUCUACACUAUCCUCAGCUUGAUGAUUCUUUGUUCGUGGGAAUUGAAGUAGGGGAAUCCAUUGUUAUCAACGACCCGAAUGGGGAAUUUCAGGUUACAGCUUUUGAUUCUAAUCAUUGUCCUGGAGCAGUUAUGUUCUUGUUUGAAGGCAGUUUUGGUAACAUCUUGCAUACCGGAGACUGUAGACUCACCCCAGAGUGCCUCCAAAAUUUACCUGAGAAGUAUAUUGGCAGGAAAGGAAAAGAGCCACAAUGUUGUUUUGAUUAUGUUUUUCUAGACUGCACUUUUGGUAGAUUCUCUCAAAAUCUACCCAGCAAGCAUUCAGCAAUCCGUCAGGUUAUCAAUUGUAUAUGGAAGCAUCCAAAUGCACCCGUGGUGUAUCUAACAUGUGACCUUCUGGGUCAGGAAGAGAUUCUGACUAGUGUGUCCAAAACCUUUGGGUCCAAGAUUUAUGUUGAUAAGGCAAACAAUCCUGAUUAUUUUCAAUCACUGAGUAUCAUAGCUCCUGAAGUCGUUUCGGAAGAUCCAACUUCUCGUUUCCGGGUGUUUGAUGGUUUCCCUAAACUAUCUGAACGAGCAACAAUAAUGUUGGCAGAGGCCCAAGCUAAUUUUCAACAUGAGCCCCUCAUUAUACGACCUUCAGCAAUGUGGUAUGUAUGUGAGGAAGAGCGUUUAGAAACAGUUAGUCGAAGGAAGAUAAGAUUUAAUGAAGCAAUAAAGGAUCAGUUUGGUAUUUGGCAUGUCUGUUAUUCUAUGCACUCAUCAAGGGAAGAACUAGAGUGGGCUUUGAAACUUCUUGCUCCUAAAAGAGUUGUAUCUACAACCCUCAGCUGUCGAGCAAUGGAGUUGGAUUAUGUUAGGAGGCACUGUUUUGAUUCCUACAUAAAUUCUGAUGAUUCUCUUUGGAAGCUUCUGGACAUUGACAUGGAACCAUGUCCACAAGUAAAUUCACCUAUCAAAAUUGUAGCUUGUUCUCCCAUGGUUGAAGUAUCCACCCUAACUUGUGUAGAAUCUGAACUGCAGCCUAUUAAUGUAUCAUCUUGCAAGAAAAGGCUCUUGAUUAUGGAUCCUCCAAGCAAAAGGCCACCUGUAACACUUUUUGGUCGGGCAAGGCUUAGCCUCCAUGAUCCUAAUUUUCCACCUGAGGAAAAAUGCAUAUCUACAAGAGACAACCCUCUUUAUGUUGUCAAUGAAAUGAAGCAAGUAGUCAUAAUCCAAAACACCAAUGAAGAUUCUGAGAAUAGAUUGCAAAAUGAACUGAUGGCAGAAGGCUCUGCACUGCAAUGUAAGAAGUUGGUGACUACGGAAACUUUCGAGGAAAGAUUAGAGAACAAGUUAGAUGCAGUUCAAACUGUUAUGCAAAGUGAGGAGAUGAGAUGGGAUACUUACCAUGAGUACAGAUAUGAAAGCAAACAGGCUGAUGAGACUACAAUGCAAUGUGAGAAUCUGACAAGGAAGGAAAUUAACAAGUGUUCUUACUCUAUCGGAUAUCCAAAGGGCUACAGUGAAAACUUCCGAAAGUUGUACCGGUCAAUGAAUGCGCCUGUGCCUAAGCCUCUUCCCUCUUUAGUGGAGCUAAGGAAUGCCAUCAAACGGUCCAAGAGAAUUUAAUUUGUUAUGUUAUGUCCCAUGAAAGACACAACUCUACUGGCUUUCAGACCAAAGUUAAUUCUUGCCUGGUGAAAAUAUAUGUUACUUGCAGAAUGAUGCCGGGAACCAUCACUGCCCAAAGUAACAUACCAGUUAUUCGUGCAUCGCAGGUUGGAGCCAACUGUGUUUUAGAUGAAUCCGGGCAAGGUACCAUGGGGUCACCAUUAUUGUUGUUGUACAGAUAUUCUUUCUCUUCAGAAUAAUAAGGGUGUAUUAUUUGUGAUUCUACACUUAAAUCUUAUACUACAAGAAAUACAAACAAGGGGUAGGUGAAACCAUUAAUUUUUUCUUUAAUUUCAUCUCUUAAUCACAAGAAA